CCUCAAAACCAUACUUACAUAAAUUUAUUCAAAUAUUUCCAACUCUACUGGAGAGCACCAAAAUUUCGGCACGUUUCUGUUUUGCUUCGGCAAAUCCAAUGACAGCAGUUUGUUUACAUCCGAACGAGCACUAAAAUGACUAGCUCUGAUUUGAUUUAUCAGUACAAAACGACAUGCAAUAAGCUGAAGAAAAUACAGCGCGUUUUAAUUAAACGCUUUGGACCAAGUGUAUCGGAAGUGUCGGAGGAGUUUGGUGCGCUAGCGAACAGCUUUAACGAAGCAUUCCAACCAGAAUAUGCAGCAAAGUGCUUCAUUGGCCAGAGCAAAUGUGAGAAACUGAUCGGCAAUGAUAUGGGUGAGGUAGAUGCACUGCUCCGAGCCGCACGAUCCUUCCGUACCGCUCACGAUAAGCAGGAACGAAUGCGAGUCGCAAACAUUUCGCAUGCAUAUCACGAAGGGGCCUUUCGCUGCUACUCACAGGCGCUUUCCCGGCUGCCGGACAAGUCGGUGAUUGGAGCGGCCAUCAUCCGAGAGCUGAAGGAAAUCCAUCCGAACGUGGAACUGACGAGCGAUUUCAGCUCACCCUGCCAUCGGAUUUGGGAUCUGGAACAGUCGGCAGAGGAAAACCUAACGGCACGUGAUUAUGUCGGUGCGUUCGAGAAACUAUCUGAAAUUUACGACGAUGUUACCGAGCGCAAGUGUGAAUCGCUCUACCAGGACGUGAUGAAACGGAUCGAAAUAUCUCGGCUGCUUUUGCUGUGUUUGCUGCAACUACCACCGUCUGUGCGUUACGAUCACAAGUUUAUCGAACGGUACUCAACGAUCGGUGACGGCGGUCAACGAGAAUCGAGUCCCGACCGAACAAGGCUACCGGAUGAUCUUGAGUUUCUUCUGAAGUCACUUGUCGUUUCCUGCCAGGCGAAGGAUAUCGAAUCGCUAGUUGCUGUCCGAGAUGAGCUAUGCCAAAGGCAGGAUUUAUCCCACUCACAACAAGCUCUUCUGAAGGAAGUGGUCGCAAAGUAUAGUAAAUGAUAUUAGAUGAGGCGAAGGAACUGUUGGCGAGUUUUACUGAUUUAUUCUGCCGCUGCAAUACAAUUGCACACAAAUACUGUACAUAGCUUUCCCCCGAGCAUUAAAUUGUUGUUUUAAACCAUGCCCUGCAUAUGAACCAAGAAUAAUUUUAAACGUACAUUAUAAGCUUACUCGUUACUUAGUGAUGGAUGUUCAAAUUCCCAAGUAUUACAACUGGUAUAACAAUUUGUAUUUGUAUUUGUGAUUGUAAAAAUGAUUGGCCAAACAAACUGGCAUUAUCACUUGACUAGAAAAUUAGCCUAAGGGCUACAGUCACACAUGGUGCAGUCAGUACAGUCACAAUGAUGAUGUUCGAUAUAAAAUAUAUUGAAAUUGGCUUAUAAACGAAGGUUUCAUUAUUAUUUACUAAUAUCGUUUCUUCAAAGUGCUUUACAACCUUUCGGUUGUUAUAGUAUUCGCCAAUGGGAAAAUAUUAUUCCCGCUUUUCAUACACUCCCCUAUAGAACCAUGCAAAUAAACUGAAGCCACGGGAUAGGGCGUUAAGGAAAAGAGAAAGAAGUUCAGGUAAUUUAUGUUUCCAAUAGGGUUCAGCUACCCAAUGUAUUGAAAGCAAGGGAUUCGGGAUGCCGUAUAUGAAUACCUGAAACGAGCGUCCUUAACAUUAAAAUUCCUGUACGAUUCUUACUGCAUUUGCUG